AUGGAGAACAAGAUAGACUACCUUAGGACAAUUGCAGCGCAAAACGACAUCUCGGGGAAGAAACUGAAAUCACGUGCAUGGAAGAGGCCUGUGCGCAGACAUAAACCCACCAGGCAGUUGCUUACAGACGAGUGGAAGAGAUUAACGAAUGAGCCCGGCACGAAAGGGCCUGCUGAAAGUCCCAAGGACAAUAGAACUCGAUUGACAUAUUUUAAUGUUCAAGCUCCACCUUCACAGUACCCAACGAAGCACUAUUGCGAUAUAACAGGGCUAAAGGCUCGUUAUAAGUCUCCAACCAAUGGUUUACGAUUUGUAAACAGUGAGGUGUAUUCUCUAGUGAUCAAGCCUAUGACCCCUGGAGUUGACCAGGAAUACCUAAAACUCCGGGGUGACAAUGUCGUUUUAAAGUGA